CUCGACCAACCCGGCGUCGGCGGCCAGGGCCGCCAGCCAUCUCUGGUGGUGACGUGCCAUCUCGAUGGCAUCUCCUCUUCUUCCCUCUUCCCUCCUCCGAUCCUUGCCCGGCCGGCCGGCCUUUAUUUGCCGGCGCCUCCAGCUUCCUCCCCUCCAGGAACUUGUCCCACCAGCUAGCAGUCAGUAGCGGUGUUCUUGCAGAGGCGGCCGGCCGGCUCGACGUGCGUCGACGAUGGGGCUCCGCCGCGACUCCGCCGCCGCGCUGGUGGCUCUGGUGCUCGCGGUCACCUGCUGCUCCGUUGCAGUGGCCUACGAUCCCCUGGACCCGAACGGCAACAUCACCAUCAAGUGGGACGUCAUCUCCUGGACGCCCGACGGCUACGUGGCGAUGGUGACGAUGAGCAACUACCAGAUGUACCGGCACAUCAUGGCGCCCGGGUGGACGGUGGGGUGGUCGUGGGCCAAGAAGGAGGUGAUCUGGUCCAUCGUGGGCGCGCAGGCCACGGAGCAGGGCGACUGCUCCAAGUUCAAGGCCGGCAUCCCGCACUGCUGCAAGCGCACCCCCGCCGUGGUGGACCUCCUCCCGGGCGUACCCUACAACCAGCAGAUCGCCAACUGCUGCAAGGCCGGCGUCGUCGCCGCCUACGGCCAGGACCCCACCGCCGCCGUCUCCGCCUUCCAGGUCUCCGUCGGCCUCGCCGGCACCACCAACAAGACCGUCAAGCUCCCCACCAACUUCACCCUCCAGGGCCCCGGCCCGGGCUACACCUGCGGCCCCGCCCGCGUCGUCCCCUCCACCGUCUACCUCACCCCCGACCGCCGCCGCCGCACGCAGGCGCUCAUGACCUGGACCGUCACCUGCACCUACUCCCAGCAGCUCGCCUCCCGGUACCCCUCCUGCUGCGUCUCCUUCUCCUCCUUCUACAACAGCACCAUCGUGCCCUGCGCCCACUGCGCCUGCGGCUGCGGCCAUGGCGGCCACGGCGGCGCCGGCUGCAUCGCCGGCGACUCCAAGCGCGCGCUCUCCCCCGGCGUCAACACGCCGCGCAGGGACGGGCAGCCGCUGCUGCAGUGCACGCCGCACAUGUGCCCGGUGCGCGUCCACUGGCACGUCAAGCUCAACUACAAAGACUACUGGCGCGCCAAGAUCGCCAUCACCAACUUCAACUACCGGAUCAACUACACGCAGUGGACGCUGGUGGCGCAGCACCCCAACCUGGACAACGUCACCGAGGUCUUCAGCUUCCAGUACAGGCCGCUGCUGCCCUACGGCGCCAUCAACGACACCGGCAUGUUCUACGGGCUCAAAUUCUACAACGACCUGCUCAUGGAGGCCGGGCCUUUCGGCAACGUGCAGUCCGAGGUGCUCAUGCGCAAGGACGCCAGAACCUUCACCUUCAGCCAGGGAUGGGCCUUCCCAAGGAAGAUCUACUUCAACGGCGACGAGUGCAAGAUGCCGCCGCCGGACUCCUACCCCUACCUGCCCAACAGGUCCGCCCGGGUUGCGGCACCGUCGGUGAUCGCCUCGGCAUUCCUGCUGGCGCUGCUGCUCCUGCUGGCGCCGUGAUUGAUAGGGAGCAGCAGAGUGUGUUGUUACCUGUGCAGCGGUGGUUUCGUCAUGUAAACAUAACGCGGUGGGAUCUCCAAUUACUUUCUAGACAGCCUGAGAACAAAUGAUAGUAAUACAUAGUAGAGCACAAGCCUUUUUCUGCGGUUUCGUCAUGUACGCAGAUUAUUAUUUGUUCGAAUAUAUGAAUGGACUUGCUGAACAUUGGCAAUGCUUU